GGAAGGAAGAGAGAAAGAAGGAGAGAUGCUCUGCAAGCGGCGCCUCUUCUCGGUGGAGGAGCCCACCUGGAGCCCAGGCAGUGCCUGGAGAUCGGGAGAGAGCGGCGGCGUGGUGUUAACCUCGGUCAGGAUGUACCGGAAGCACCCGGAUCCUCAGGCUCAGGUGUCCCUCAGCUUGGAGCUGGGCAACAAGAUGACCCCAAAGGUGGACAGGUGGGGCGAGGCCGGCUCCCCGACGGACCCGGCCCCCCACCAGCUGAGCUUCCUGCCCACCAGCGGACGCCUCCUCAAAUCCGAAUCCGAGGACUCCGGCGUGGAAUUGGCCAGUAAUGACCACUCGCCUUCGAGCCCCGUGGGAUCUGAGGAAAGCUUCUCCUUGGAUGGUUUCCAACCAGGAGUAGAAGAUUCUCCACCUCCAGUUUCCCCCAAAGAAAAAGGGUCGGGGGUAGAGGACCCCAUCCAGGAUUGCACUUACCUCCGGAGUCUCUCUGUCAGCAGAAAACUGGCGCAAGUGGUCCAACGGUCGCAGAAGCAUCGCUUGCCCGGUCGCUCACUUGGGCCACUGAGUCAUCGGCCUCGCAGCCUCAUGGACUUGGAGGAGAUGAAGCCCUUUCACUUGCCCCAGCUGGCCAGCGUGGAUGGGAUUGUGGACAUGGCCAAUGCAGGAGAUGACCGGGUGCUCUUCGGCUGCAAAACCCCGGAAGAGUGCAGCAUCCAGGAACAGGUGCCCGAGGAGCCGUCUCUUUCCAUGCCGGGACAGGGCCUGCGAUACCUGGAGCACAUCUGCCAGAUGUGGGAGAAGAUUGCCCACCUCCAGCGGGCCAACCUGCGGCUUCAGCAUCAGCAGCAGAUCAUGGAGUGCAAGAUCCGGGCUCAGAAAUUGGAGAACGAGGGCUUUUCCGAGGAAACGUCUGAAGACCCUGAGCUGGUGGAAGUGGGACCCUUGCCAGCAAAUGCUUCGGAGAUGGAGAGAGAACCGGACGGGGACGCCGCUUCACCCAACUCCUGGCACACGCACCAGUUCCGGGCACGUUCCGCUUCCGAUACACGGAUGCUCCGGAGCCCAGCCCGCAGCCACCUAAACAAGGCCGACGGCUCAAGGAAGUCCGCAGCCCACUCGGCCAGCUCUCCCAACCUCCUGGAUCAGUUGGAUGGCGGCUCUCAUACGUUACCAGCAAACAUAAGGGUCAAGAAUGAGCACUCCAACUGGGGCAAAGUCAAAGUGCUAAUCAACAGGAUGAAGAGGAAGUCCUUGCGGUCCAAUGAAACAGGGUCCCUUGACCACCUGGCAGCAGGCAGCAGGCAGUGCAGAGAAGACACUGUUUUGGACAAACAAGAGCCCGUUCUCCGGCGGCGUUUUCUGCCCGCUCUGGGGACAAAGAAACGCCAUUCGAAGCAUCUUUCCAUUCGGUGAGCUUGGAGUUCCUUUGGAGGCAUGAAAGAUGGGCGAUGCUGAAUUCAGUACGAUUCUGGUCCUUUUCUUCACCUGCAAAGGAUGAGACUUUCCGUCAUAAGUGAGCCAACAGCCCCAUCUUCUGUGACCGAGAAAGAAGGGAAUUCGUCGUCCUUUUCCUUCGCAAACCAGACCUGUCUGUGGACCGUCUCCCUCGUAUUGGCAUCUACCUGCAAACCCAACUUUGCAGCCUGGUAGCAAACCUUGUGAGCGUGUGCUUCAUUCCUUCUUUCCUCUUGGAAGACAUUUCCCCUGCCUGGUGUUGAUCGUAGUUGUGUGUUGCAGAGGGACUGAUAACACGAGCCGUGGUGCAAACUGGAUUUGCAAGCUAUGGUUAUGAGGGAACCCAUGGUGAUUGGAGACACACAUUUUCUUCAAGAGCUCACUUUGGCCCAGCUCCACCCAGUGCAAGCCACGGCCAUUGCUAAGCUGGUUCUUUGCAAGCCGUGAUGGCUUUGUACCAGACCCUUCCAUUAUUUCUUUUUCCCUCCAUAUCCGUUUUGGGUGGAACUGGGUCCUGAUUUGCAAAUCACUGUUUGCAAGGUGAUGUAUUCAUUCAGUCACCCAAACCUUCUGUUUGGUCCUCAUCCACUCCACUUUUCAAUGCACUGUGAUUGGGACUGGUCUCUCUGAGGCUGGUCCUCUGGAGGGAACUGGUUUUGGGCCUGUCCCCUUUACACCAAUCUCCCAAAUGCAAUUCACAUAAUGUUCCCAUGCUGUGUGCAUUUUCCUAAAGGUAGAUUCUUCUCACAACACUAUCGUUCCCAAGGCUGGUUUGCUUUGCUUACAUUCAAUGUUUACGUGAGCCAUUUGCAGACGGAGGAGGCGGCCUCGGAGGAAGCCCUCUCUUCUCCGUAUCUCUUCCCAUUGCAUCUCCAUCAGGAAAUCCCUGUGUCGCCCAAUGUGAAAUAACUUAUUGGUUCUCCUUACCGCCCCCAAUUAAAACAGUGGUCAAAGACCUCUUGCGAUGCCUACAGCCAUAACACUUCACAUAUGGAGUGAAUCUUGUAUAUUUAUAUGACUUUUUGGUCACGACUGUAUUUGUAUGUAGAAAUGCAUGUAUGCUCCAGAUUACAAAAAUAAAAACUUUUUCCAUACUUUUAAAA